CUCUGAUCAUCAGGGUCACAGAUAGGGGAAGAGCAGUAGAACACGACGAGAAGGCGUUGAGAAUUGAAUGUCUGUGCGCGACAAGGCAAUCACUGUUUGGGAUUCCCAGGAAAUUAUAUUCAAAACAGUGUCUCAACAAUGGGAAAGGGAGGGAAUGACGGAAUGGAGGAAAAGGAUACAUCAGAGACAGACAAUCUCAUAAAAUAAAGAGUGACAGAGAUGUGUCAGGAAAGAGGCAGGGAAUCCGAUAUCCUGAUUGCCUGUUCUUAUCAAGGUGGCAACUAGCUCUACAAUCGAUUGAGUUUCCUCAGCUGUGUGGCAGACUCGUGUAGUCAAUUCACGACACAGAUCCGUAUCCGAUUUCGGAUUUCCUGGUACGAAAUCGCCUGUGGUGGUCGAGAAAGACAAGCACAUUUAAUUGAGCUAAUCACAGCUGAAGGACAACAUUAUUCGCAUGUUUUGGGACACUGUGUUCCAUCUUCAGUAUAACGAGUAAAUCAUCGGGGACGUUAAUCAUUUUAUAACGCUGUCUUGAGGUCAUUUUUAGCUUAAGUCAAGAGAAUCGGCUAGCUAACGUUAGCUAGCACCAGUCUUCAGGCAGCAAAUGUCUGCUUCGGCCGGCGGCGGCUCUCCUUCUACCCAGGGCACGGCCCUUGUCGCUCCCGGUACCGGGAUGUCUAUGUUCCGGUGGCUCGAAGUGUUGGAGAAGGAGUUUGACAAAGCUUUUGUCGACGUAGAUCUACUGCUUGGAGAGAUCGAUCCAGACCAGGCGGAUAUCACAUACGAGGGGCGACAAAAGAUGACAAGCCUUAGCUCGUGUUUUGCCCAACUCUGCCACAAAGCUCAAACGAUAUUCCAGCUCAAUCACAAAGUAGAGGCCCAGCUGGUGGACCUGCGCUCGGAGCUGACGGACGCCCAGGCGGAGCGGACCGUGGUGGAGAGGGAGGUGCACGAGCAGCUGCUGCAGCUCCACGCCCUCCAGCUGCAGCUGCGCUCGCGGGCGGGCCAGGCCGACGACGAGACGGACUCCAUCAAGGACAGGAUGCCUGUCCUCACGGUGGACGAGAUGGAGCGAGAGUUGGAGGCCAGCAAGAAGGAGAAGGUCCGCGAGGUGAAGCUGGACGCCGAGGCGAGGCUGCACAAGAAGGAGAACGAGGCCCUCCGCAGGCACAUCGCCGUACUGCAGGCGGAGGUGUACGGGGCGCGGCUGGCAGCCAAGUACCUGGAUAAGGAGCUGGCUGGGAGGGUCCAGCAGAUCCAGCUGUUGGGUCGGGACAUGAAAGGCCCCGCCCACGACAAGCUGUGGAACCAAUUGGAGGCGGAGAUCCACCUGCACCGCCACAAGACGGUCAUCCGCGCCUGCAGGGGGCGCAACGACCCCAAGAAACCACUUCCCUCCCCCGUGGGGCACGACACAGACAGUCUGAAGAGGAGCCAGGGUGUGGGUCCCAUCAGGAAGGUGGUUCUGGCCAAGGAAGACCACGAGGGCCUGGGUAUCUCCAUCACGGGAGGUAAGGAGCAUGGCGUGCCCAUCCUGAUCUCAGAGAUCCACCCCACCCAGCCAGCGGAGCGCUGUGGAGGGCUGCACGUGGGAGACGCCAUCUUAGCCGUCAACAGCAUCAACCUGAGGGAUGCCAAGCACAAGGAGGCUGUCACCAUCCUCUCCCAGCAGAGGGGAGAGAUAGAGUUCGAGGUGGUGUACGUGGCCCCCGAGGUCGACUCUGACGACGAGAACGUGGAGUACGAGGACGAGAGCGGCCAUCGCUACCGACUCUACCUCGACCAAUUAGAGGAGGGCUCCGCCCCUGCACGCAGCAAUGGCACCACUGACCCCGCCGGCCUGCAGGCCCUGGAGAAGCUGUCUGUGAGCGAGGCACCAGAGAACGGAGACACCGGCUUGUCCAGCGAGACCCCGUCGGAGGAGACUCCCCCCAGGGCGGCCCCCUCCUCCGACAGCUCCUCCUAGAGGCCCGGAGGACGGAGGGGAGGAGAGGAGGAAAGAGGGAUGUCGAGAUGUGAGAACGGAGAUAUGGCGGAGGAGAAUGGAGGAGAAAAGACUCGGCAGUAGAUGUGAGCCGCGUUGUUUUUGUACCAGACAUGUCGAGAUCGAUUGAACGGGAGAGAGAAAAGGUCGGACCAAUGACCACAAAGGACACACACAGUCCGUUGUCGUCAUGGAAGCACUCUCCGAGUCCUGUUGACUUUACCUGAGGAGGGGGGUGGGGAUCCAUCGAAAGCGAAGACCCGGCGAUUGGUUCAAAGGAUUCAGGCUGUCUGGAGUGUGAUUGGUAUAUUGCUCUAUGUAUAGUUCCUGUUCCUGUCCCCUACACCACAGACUCCUCCCCUUCCGGUGCGCUAAGAGACCUGGGGAAGGACACGUGUCUGUGAAACACGACAGAGUUGAUGGCCAAAGAUGGCCUCACAGGUGUGUCUUCACCUGCUUACCCAUAAUGGUGGUGGUAAUAGUAGUACUGAUUUCCUUUAGCUGUUUGCUGACCAGCUUCCAAUCAUGUCCUCACGGGUACAGUGUCCUCCACCGGUCAGAGACAGCAGCCCUGUUGACGCCAACCCCAAGUGUCUGAUCCUAGUUAGUCAGUUAGCUUGUUUGUUAUUGAUGGACACCACGGCUAGGUUUAGUUGACCCGCUGUGUGUGUAUGACCCCCACCCUUCAAGUGCCAUGGAGCCAUUAACUGUAUUGCUGCUCGGUCAUUCUGACGCGGUCGCCGCGGAUGUAGGGGGAAAUCUGCGUCAUCGCGAUGUCGCAGCGACACACGUGUCUUCCUGUGGCUCAGUCCUCGGCCUCGUCCCCAACACCGUCUAGAAGUAGUGGAACUCUGGCCAUCGAUGGAAAAAAGUGCAAUAUCUGUCAUAUUUAUACCCCCACCCCACUCGCCAACAUCUACCCCUGAACUGGUCGUGUCGCCCAAAGGACAGACCUUGACGCGGUCGUUUAGGACCGUUGCCUGGGCGGUUCCGCCUUUUUGUCAACUUAUGACUCCCACAACUCCCACCAACACUUGCCCUGAGAGAGAUUCUAGAAACUUGUAUAUAAACAAUAUAACUAUUUACUGUUUGAAACAUGAAAUCCAGUAUGUUUACGUGAAUUGAGGUCGUACAGAGUGUGAUAUCGGAGGCUCCUGUAGGGGGUGCUGUCCUGGGAGCCGAGGAACGGAUGCUAUUGAGCUCGUGUUCGUGUUUUAAUCCAAACUUCUGUCUCUUCAGCUUUAGUCCCCACUAGUGCUGCAUGGCCCACAUAGACAGCCUGGCCACACACACACACGCACAGACACACACACACCCUCGGCUCACAGACGCAGUGCUCUGGCCCAAAGGAACAACAGGCUCCUACACUUGUUUUCAGACUCUGUUUUAUUCUUCCUGAAAACAUUUGCUGUCAAAAAAGAUGUUUCUGAACCAUUGGGAGAUUUGGUAAACAUGUCUUCAAUCUGUAGUUUCUGUAUACAGCUACAACAUCUUUGAAUAAACCUACAUUUAUUUGCCCCAU